CACGUGACCGCCUCCGUUGAUGUCUUGCAGCAGCAUCCUCUGCUGCGCGCUCCUGCCUGCGACAGCACAGCCGCGGUGUGGUCGCUCUGAACGCACGUUAACGGAAAGGAAAAAAAACACUCCACACGUCGGGAAGGCCUCCGCCACACUCUACACCCUGUUGCAGUCACAGCGGCGUCGGAUAUAAGCACAGACACGCACGUUUUUCUGAUCCUAGUCGCUCUUUUUUUUACAUUUAAAAGCCCUUUUAAAAGACAGUCCUCGUAAUGGCGACAGCUGCGGUGUCUGCCCCAACUGGCAGCGGCCCCAGCCCCGGGCCGGGAACGGAGCUGGUCCGCGGGCAGGCCUUCGACGUCGGGCCUCGGUACAGCAACCUCUCCUACAUCGGCGAAGGCGCCUACGGGAUGGUGUGCUCUGCCUACGACCGGGAGAACAAGAUACGCGUGGCCAUCAAGAAGAUCAGCCCCUUUGAGCACCAGACCUACUGCCAGCGCACCCUGAGAGAGAUCAAAAUCCUUCUGCGCUUCAAGCACGAGAACAUUAUCGGAAUCAACGACAUUAUCCGUGCACCGACCAUCGAGCAGAUGAAGGAUGUAUAUAUUGUCCAGGAUCUAAUGGAAACAGAUCUGUACAAGCUCCUGAAGACUCAACACCUGAGCAAUGACCACAUCUGCUACUUCCUCUACCAGAUCCUGCGAGGGCUCAAGUAUAUCCACUCUGCCAACGUACUACACCGUGACCUGAAGCCUUCCAACCUUCUGCUCAAUACCACCUGUGAUCUCAAGGUAGCGUCUCAAGCAGAUGCUGAUCAUGAUUAUGUCUGUUCUACUUGAUUUCAGGGCUACACCAAGUCCAUAGACAUCUGGUCAGUGGGUUGCAUCCUGGCUGAGAUGCUGUCCAACAGGCCAAUCUUUCCGGGGAAGCAUUACUUGGAUCAGCUUAACCAUAUUUUGGGAAUUCUGGGUUCUCCCUCACAGGAGGAUCUCAACUGCAUCAUCAACAUUAAAGCCAGGAACUAUCUCUUGUCACUGCCUUUGCGCUGCAAAGUGCCGUGGAACCGUCUCUUUCCCAACGCUGAUCCAAAAGCUCUGGACCUGCUGGACAAGAUGUUGACCUUUAACCCUCACAAGAGGAUCGAGGUGGAGGAGGCGCUGGCACACCCCUACCUGGAACAAUACUACGACCCCACAGAUGAGCCUGUUGCCGAGGCCCCAUUUAAGUUUGACAUGGAGCUAGAUGACCUACCCAAAGAGACGCUGAAGGAGCUCAUCUUUCAAGAAACUGCACGUUUCCAGCCCAGCUUUAGGUCCUAACAUCCCACACAGGUAAGUACACAUCACUGCAGCCCAACUUAUAACCCCAAACUACUGAAAAAUAACCUGCAGGGGCUGGUGACACAAAACUAUGAGCAAUUUGUUAAGAAGUACACAACAACCAACUUUUC